AUGCCGAGGCGCGAAGUUUUCAUUCUUAUCUUUGUAUUUUUUACGAUUACGCUCAGCUAUGCGAGCAUUAUCUUGCAUGAGCGCCAUGCACCUGCUGGCAAGAUGGCUCCAGACUCGAUAACUAAUUACAUCUUCAAAGGAAUAGGAAAAAUUGUACCACCGUCUAUAAUUAUUUCAGAUUGCGUGUUUGUGACAUCAGAGCCUGGAAAAUUUAUCUACGAGUCGCAAAGUGACGAGCCUACAGUCUGCGGAGUUUAUUUGAUAACUGAUCCAGAUAAACGAAUAGAAGUUAAUUUUCUAUCCUUCGACGUUCCUUGUGAGCAAGACGGCCUUGUAUCGUUUGUUGACGGCUGGGAGUUAAAUGGGGAGUUUUUCCCGCCAGAGAAUGACCACGAGCUGCCAUUCGAGAAAAGAGUCACCGAGUUCUGCGGACCGAGAGUUAGCCACACGUUUUUAAGUUCUCAAAACAGCGCUCUUGUGCAGUAUAGAGUUCCGUUCAAGGGCAAGGGCUUCACUAUGUUUGUUCGCUACCGGAAAAACCCGUUUCCUUGUAACAUCCUAGUAAACAGUACAAUGGACACCUUUACCCUACGGAACUUCGGUGAGCGAAAAAAUUGCACUCUAGCUACAAUCUACCCCUCCGCAGUCCAGAUCGUGGCACUGAACGUCGGAACCAAGAAACUAAAGGGCCCCAGCUACUUACGGCAACUCGACGCAGGAAUAAUUCACCACUGCGACAAGCACCGAUUGAUGGACCAGGUUUUAAUCGGCGGAUCCAACGGUCUUGACACUUCCAAAUUCGAGCUUCUAGAUUCCGUCUGCGGAUUCACUUCCAAGCCUGAGCGGAGCUUCAAGCUUAUUGGCUGCGGAGUUACCGCGAUCAGGCUGACCUCUAGCGGAAUUUUCGACAACUCAGUUAGCGUUUUUGUACGUCCGGCAAUUGAUGAGGAAAUUAUGAAUUCUAAUUUAAUAUGCGGACUCUAA